AUGAUCUCUCACUUUUUCGAUUCGAUUACAGGCGGCUGGGGAAAACGAGCGCCCAACAAUUGGAACAAACUGUCUGCCGCUUGGGGCAAGCGUCGCCUACCAAACGCCGGCGGCGGCGGCGGCUCCAACAGCUGGAACAACCUCUCGGGAAUGUGGGGCAAGAAGCGCGCCAAGUGGAACGAACUGUCGGGCAUGUGGGGCAAGCGCGCCUGGAAGGACAUGCAGGCCGGCUGGGGCAAGAAGAAGCGCUCCGGCAACUCUCCCCACUGGAACAAGCUGCGCGGCAUGUGGGGCAAGCGAAGUGCAGUCUAA